ACUCGAUACUAUACUGUCAAUGUCAAACUUGUCCUGUCCUGUCUAUAAAGCUAAAAAAUUAAAUUUACUUUCCUAAUUGAAAUACAUAUUUUCAUGUUUAUUUAUUCUUCACUAUGAAAUAAAUUAGUAAAAGUACAAUAGAAAAUUUACAAGUCUCUGUCCUGUCUUCUACUUCAGUCAAGUUCUUCUGUAUAUAGUAUAUGAUAUAACCCUAAAUCAGGAGUGUGAAAAUGAAUAAAAUUAAAAUAAACAAUCUCUUUAAAUAUAUAAAUAACUAUUCCAGAAUUUAUAAACAUAAUGCAAGAUUACAUUCAACUACUGUGGUCUCUAGUGAUGCCGUUAAUUACUGUGCAAAUAUUGUAAAGCAGCAUGAUUAUGAAAACUUUUUGGCAACUUUGCUUAUGACAAAAGCUAUAAGGUCACCAACACUUGUGAUCAGAGCUUUUAAUGUAGAAGUGGCUCGUAUACAGGAUCAAACUACCGACGCUCAAACUGCAGCAUUCAGAUUGCAGUUUUGGCAAGAUACACUUAAGCAUGUGUAUAAAAAAGAUCAAAAACUACAAAACAUACCGGCCAACCCCAUAGCACAAGAAUUAUUUAAAGUAUGCCGCUUUUACAAUUUACCUAGACGCUAUUUGGAAAAACUCAUAGCAUCAAGAAGUAACAUACUAAAGUCUAAAUACUUCCGCAACUUAGAAGAUGUGGAAAAGUAUUCAGAAGACACUGUUUCUUCAAUAUACUAUCUAAUAUUAAGUGUAGCUGGAGUUCAGAAUGUUCAUGCAGACCAUGCUGCAUCACAUCUAGGCAAAGCACAAGGACUUGCCAACAUAUUAAGAUCAAUAUUGGUUUCAAACCAUCACAAAAUGGUAUCAUUACCCAUGGAUAUACUCAUGAACUAUGGUAUCAGUCAAGAAACCGUAUUAAGAGGUAUUGAUAGUGAAAAUAUGAGAAGUGCUAGCUUUGAUAUUGCAAGCAGAGCAAACACCCAUUUACAGAAGGCUAGAAGUAUAACAGUGCCAAAAACUGCUAACCAAAUAUUUUUACCCGCAAUAUCUGUGAAUGCUUACCUUACGAAACUAGAAAAGUGUAAUUUUAAUAUAUUUGACAAAUCAUUAACGUUAGGAAAUACUACUUUGCCAUUUAGUCUUUAUUUCAACAGAUUAAUGAAUAAGUAUUGACUAAUGUUCAGUUUCAAGUGAUAAAAAAGUAUUUACUAAAGAUAAUAAAUAAAUUAUUAAAAAAUAAAAUUCUUACCUAAUUUUAUUUUAAUUGUAUAUUGCUCAAUGGAAAGAGGAAUUAUAAUAAAAGGUAAAUAGCGCCAUUCUGCUAGUCCUAGUCUAGUCUUCAAACUGUAAAGCCUACAGCUAUGUAAAUCAACUAUUAGUAUAAUUGUAAUACUCUGUCUAAAUUAUUGAAGUUACAAAUAUGAAGUUUAAG